AUGCUAAAUUCAUUCACGACAUGGAAAAAAAUUCUACCCGGCGGCAAUAUUAAAACAAAUGAAGGAUUUGAAAUGGCCUCAAACUGUGCUAAAAAUAAAACACUCAACAUCAGAUUCGACAUCAUUAUAACUUCAGUUAUUAAUGAAGCUGAAACUUCACUUAACCUUGAUCCAAGUCCUGCAGUUAAUGGUCUUGCUGUAUGUGGUGUACCAGCGUACUUUUAUGGCGAAACAAAUAUUGUCUUUGAUAAAAUUAUAAUGGGUAAUCAAUACCAAAAUAUGAGAUGCUUUCAUCGACGAUGUGUCACUGGGCUGCGUCCAUGUGCACCUCAUUAUACUCAAUGUGGUGGCAUUGGAUAUUCAGGUGCAACACAAUGUUGUAGUGGAUCCACAUGUACUUAUGGAAGUAACUAUUAUGCAUGGUGUACACCAGGUGUUUCAUCAUCAACUUCAGGAUCGUGCAAUGUUGUGUAUGGUCAGUGUGGUGGCAUUGGAUGGAAAGGUCCAACAAAUUGUUGUGAUGGAAAAUGCACUUAUACAAAUGAAUACUAUUCAUGGUGUGCAACACCGUCAUUAACAUUAGCUAUGACUGUCUCAUCACCAAGUUCAGGUAGAACUACUUUCACAAGUAUUUUGAACAUCAGUGUAAAGGCUUCAUUAGAAUGA